AUGCGUUCUAAAAUUUUGCUUCUACGGCCUCCUACCGACGAACCAACGCCGUUACUAUGGCGUCAUAGUGUUCCGAAAUUUUUUCUGCCAAAAACUGAUUGUUGGAAACGUCUAAGUGAUCCAGGUGUUGUCGAAGAAGAAUGUAAAGCAAAGAAUGCAAAACUGUGGCAAACGGUAGAAAAUUAUAAGCGAAAAUUUAAGGACCUAAUAAAAAUUCAAGACGAUUGGAUUGUUUUCACUGAAAAUGGCGCUAUUGAUGUCGAAAAAACGGCACUCAUUUCGUUGGUUUCUGUAACAAUUAUUGGAAACUGGAGCUUAGACUUACGAAGCGAUUUCGAAAAGGAAUGUGCUGUUAGACUUAGUGGUACUUCAUUGCCAACGCCUGUCGAAUAUGCGAUUACUGGAAGAUGUGCUUUUGACUUUGCGGCUAUGAACGGUCUCAAAGUGAUCUGUUCAAUUCUGUGGAAUACAUUAGAAUUUGGCGAACAAACGAAUCUAAGAUAUUCCACUGAUUCUUUGAUCAUUGAAAAUAUUCCUGGGACAUCCGCAACUCCGGAAUUUGAGCAAACGGAUAGUGGCGAACGAUUUUUAAUCAAUGAAUCAUUUGUUGACUUGUCACAAUUUUCUGUAGAUGCAGAAGACGAACCGUUGAGCAGCCCAAUACCAAUCUGUCAUCUGCUGGCAUAUCAACAGUCAGUUACAGCUUCUGUCACCGUACCAGAUAUUGAAGUGUCCUCAACUGAUGACUCUAGUUCAGAAGAUGAGUAUGUGUGUUAUUUUGGAAUCAAAAAAAGGCGCCUGAAUUAG